UCAAAACUACUUAGGCAAAAACCCUGUGAGUAAAACUCUCUGCGUGGCCUUUCUUCUUCCCUACACACAUGGCUUCAUCGCCACCAUUUCUACUUCCAUCUCCAUCAUAACCCCAUUUCUCUUCUGUUACACAUGCGUACACAAUUUUUAUACAUAGAUAGUAUUGAUAGAUGGAAGUAAGAAGAUUGAAAAUUCCCAAAACCAUAGCUAUAUUUUCACAUAUCAAACGUCCUUUAACUUGUGUGAUUUAUACUGCUUCUUCAGAUCAAAUCAGUGAGGCAUUACAGAAAACCCCAUCAAAUAAUCCUAACCCCAGCUCAGAAAAGAAACAGCAAAAGGGAUUAGAUUUGAAUUUGCGGAAGUGGGUUACUUCAGUUCUUUCAAACCCACCUGUAGAUUCGUUAAAGAUUAAAGAUUUACUGACCCUUUUGACUCCUCAGCAGUUUGAUGCUAUUUUCUUGGAAAUUCAUUCGUCUUUGAAACCAUUGAAUGUUUUGAAAUUCUUCCACGUAGCGUCUGGUUCUUGUGGUUUUAGUUUUAGUGUUAGAUCUUAUUGUACUUUGCUUCGUUUGCUUGUUGGUUCGAAUCACGAUGUUCCAGCUAGGUUGCUUUUGAUAAGGUUAAUUGAUGGGAAACUACCUGCAUUGUUUGAUAACUCCCAACGAAAGCAUGUAGAGGUUGCCGUUGGAUUAGCAGAGUUAAGUAGAGUGUCGGAUUUUGGUGUUGCUGUUAGGACUUUUGAUCUUUUGCUUCAUUUGUGUUGUACCCAAUUCAAAAAUGUUGGGUUUGAUUCUGCAUUGGAUGUGUUCAGGUCGUUGGCAAGUAGGGGGUUGUAUCCCUCUUUGAAAACUUGCAACUUUCUGUUGAGUUCUCUUGUCAAAGAGAAUGAGCUUUGGAAGAGUUAUGAGGUUUUUGGGAUUCUGAAGGAUGGUGUUAAACCAGAUGUUUACUUGUUUAGCACCGCGAUCAAUGCUUUCUGUAAAGGAGGGAAGGUGGACGAGGCAAAGGAGUUAUUUCGGAAGAUGGAAAACAUGGAUACUGUGCCAAAUGUUGUCACUUAUAAUAACCUUAUUCAUGGGCUUUGCAAGAAUUGUAAUUUAGAAGAUGCGUUUCUUCUAAAGGAAAAAAUGAUAUUAAAUGGUGUAAACCCAAGUAUUGUCACAUAUGGCAUGCUUAUUAAUUGUCUGAUGAAACUCGAGAAAUUUGAUGAAGCUGAUUGUGUGUUGAAAGAAAUGUCAAACAAGGGGCUUGUUCCGAACGAGGUGUUGUAUAAUACCAUCAUUAAUGGUUAUUGCUCAGCAGGAGAUAUUCAGAAAGCUCUAAAGGUAAGGGAUGGAAUGCUAACAAAAGGAAUUCUCCCCAACUCAGUUACUUGCAAUUCACUGAUCAAAGGUUUCUGCAAGGUAAAUCAAGCUAGUCAAGCUGAAGAACUCUUAGAGGAGAUGUUAUUACAUGGAUUGAGUGUAAAUCCUGGUUCAUUCAGUAAUGUUAUCCUUGUACUGUGUACGAAUUCUAGGUUUGUUGCUGCACUACGGUUUGCUAAGGAAAUGCUAUUAAGGCGUUUGAGGCCAAAUGAUGGGUUGCUGACCACAUUAAUUAGUGGGCUUUGCAAGGAAGGAAAACAUUCAGAAGCAGUUGAGCUUUGGCAUAUGCUACUAAUGAAAGGGUUCACUGCCAAUACAGUGACCUCAAAUGCUCUAAUUCAUGGGCUUUGUGAAGCUGGUAACAUACAAGAGGCUGUUCGGCUACUGAAAGCAAUGCUAGAUAAUGGUAUUCAAAUAGAUAGCAUGACUUAUAACACUCUUAUAUGUGCAUUCUGCAAAGAGGGAAACUUGGAUGGCGCCUUUAUGUUGAGAGAAGAAAUGGUGAAGCAAGGAAUUGCACCUGACGUUUCAACUUACAAUGUGCUGCUACAUGGGCUUGGUGAGAAAGGUAAAAUAGAUGAAGCUCUGUUGCUUUGGGAUGAAUGUCGAAGCAAGGGACUUGUCUGCGAUAUUUAUACCUAUGGGGCCUUAAUUAAUGGUUUGUGCAAAACUGACAAACUUGAAAAGGGCAGAGACCUUUUCCAUGAGAUGCUCAGACAAGGCUUAGCCCCAAAUUUAAUUGUUUAUAACACUCUUAUUGGAGCUUUUUGUAGAAAUGGAAAUGUGAAAGAAGCCCUUAAACUUCGCGAUGACAUGAGAAGCAGAGGUGUUCUACCAAAUGUAGUCACUUAUUCCUCUCUUAUACAUGGCAUGAGUAAUAUCGGGCUUACUGAGGAUGCUGAGAACCUUAUUGAUGGAAUGCGUAAGGAGGGAGUUCCACCUGAUGUUGUUUGUUAUACUGCAUUGAUUGGUGGUUAUUGUAAGUUAGGUCAGAUGGAUAAAGCGAGGAGCAUUUUGCAGGAAAUGUCAUCACACAAUAUACAACCUAAUAAAAUAACUUAUACAGUCAUUAUUGAUGGAUAUUGCCAAGCUGGUAAAAUUAAAGAAGCUAAGGAGUAUUUCGCUGAGAUGGUACAGAAGGGAAAUAUUCCUGAUUCUGUCACCUAUAACGUUUUAACAAAGGGUUUUUUAAAGGAAGGGGAAAUAGAAGAAGCAUUUUCACUUUUAGAUAAUAUUUCCCAUACAGGAGUUGGUUUAGAUGAAGUUACAUAUACUUCUUUAGUGAAUUUGCUUCCCCAGAGAUCAGAAAGUGCUAACCAAGAAUGAACUGACCUGGCACAAAGUUCACACUCAUCAGGUUGGACUAUUUGCUACCUCACGUUUUUAACGCAAUGCAGCUAUAUACUUGCUUGAGCAAAGUUGGAUAUUUAAAAAACACCCAUAUCUGUGUGAUUUUCCAAUGAUACAAUGGAGUCAUGCCAAAGGCACACGUCUGCACAUUGGAAAUUGGGUCGUUAUUGUGGGUCCAGAUUUCUCCCUUGUGCUUUGAGUUAGUUGCUAAUGCUGGGGAAGAUCAAGGAUCAAGCAGCUGGUGGAAGGUUUUAUGUUGCAGAGCGCAGAUUUUGUCCAAGCAGUUCCAAUAUUGGAGAUUACUUUGGUUCCGAAUACUCCUAGCACCUCUACUUGUUGGGUGGGUGACCAGCGUAACUAAACAAUCUCCAUCAGGAAGAUUUUUGGAUACCAGAUAUCCAAGAUUGCCCUGGCCCCUGAGCAGUCACCUUUGGUUGCUCUAACCAACUCCAUGCCGAGCAGAUUGUGUCUGGAACUGCACUUAAAAAGCCAAAACCUACUUCAGCCAUGGGGAAUGUUCGUGCAGAUAAGACAAAAAUGGCAGGGCCACCUUGGCCUAGGACUAUCUUGUGGAGAGCAUCAAAUGGUACUAUAAAUUCGUUCAAUUAAACCAAAGAAUUGUGCUGUAUUAGUCACCUAAGAGAUUGCGUCGUGUAUGUUCUGCACAUCUAUCUGCUAUUGAUGUCUGCUUCAGUUCGUUCACACUUGCUUCUUGGUUCUUCCACAGCUAUAGGCUCUCAACACAUGAUGCAUCAAUAGUAUAAUCACUUGAUCAAUAUUAGUCAGGAUUGCCAUGUUACUUAUGUGUUGAAGGGAGCAUGACAUGAAAGGUCUCAUUCAAUGGAGGGUUUUAAUAGACUGAAUUGCCAGCACACAACAGUUUCAUUGAUGAUCUUGCAAGAAAGAGAGGCUUUUCAGUUUAUUAUAUCUUACCACAUUAACAGAAGAAAUUGCACUUGGAAUCACCUCUCAUUUCUCAAUCUAUUUUUAUUUGCCGUGAUAUUGAAUAAAUUAACGCGAUAUAUUCAAAAAAGUAGUACUAUAAUGUAUGUUAUUUGCAGACAAUAUACUAUUGAUCGACGAAACAAGUGAUGAAAUUAACGAUAGAUCCAAACUCUGAUAC